UCCCCAGCAGCCAAUCAAAUCAUCCAAAGCAGAAUCUCACUAACAUUUGAAAACAUCCUUCUUUAGCUCAGUGGCUCAAGUGGGUCCACACAGUCCCAACAAGUUCAGGCUAUUUUAAUUUAUUGUAACUCGUAAUAAGAUGGAGCCGUUCAACGAAGAGGAUUUCAAAAUGUAUUUCUACGAGAACAGACUUAAAACUUUCGAGGGGUGGCCUUUCGACGAGGACUGUUCGUGCACCCCGGAGAACAUGGCCAAAGCUGGUUUCAUCCACACCCCCUCAGAUAACAGCCCAGAUAUCGCCAUGUGUUUCUUCUGCCUCAAAGAACUGGAGGGCUGGGAGCCCGAGGAUGAGCCAGAAAAGGAGCACAAAUCUCAUUCCCCGGCGUGCCACUUCAUCAGCCUGAAGAAGAAGGUCGAGGAGCUGACUGUGGAAGAAUUUUUCAAACUACAGAAGGAGAGGCACAAGUUCAUGAUUAACAAAUCCUGUAACGAGACCAUUACCAAGUUUGAGGAGGCAGCCAAAUUGAGGAGGGCGGAUAUCAUCAAGACAGCGAUGGGCGAAGAGUGACAGGAGAAUAGAUGCUGAUGAAUGAGAGGGGCAAUGUUCGAGGGAGUGAUUGAUGGUUGCUUCGAAGUGACUUAACAUUUUUAUGUUUCUUUCAUUUGUCUUGUAUUACUGUUUAUCUGCCAUCUUUUAUAUCUUCUGUUUUUAUGUGAUUUGUUUUAUUCAAUAAAUGUUAUCUGUUUAAUUA